CCUGUCUGUAGUCCCUCUUCUCUUUGUACUUUCUGCUUCUCUACCUUUCUACUUCUCUACUGCUCUUGUGCUCUUUUCCUCUAUCUCUCUCCCACGUCCCUCCUUUGCCUCGCUUUGCCUCGCUGCUUGCUGUUAUCCAACCAGUGUCAGUCGUUCGCCCUCAGGCUACAGCAUCGUUAUCGCCGACCCGAGGUCCGGCAUCUCCACCAUGAAGCCACCCACGCUGCUGAAAUAUCUCUUCCUCCUGGCUGCUUCUUGGACUGCUCAGGCUGCCGACUCUUCCUCCUCCAAAGAUACCCUCUCACCAUGCGUCGUCCGUUCGCCCACCACCGGCCUGUUCUACGAUCUCAACACCAUCUCCUUAUCUCCGCCGCCAGCCGACGGCGAAAAGUCUCGCAAAAACGCCCGCGAAGAGAGCUGGCACGCCAAAGGCCACGACUACAAUGCCAACUUUACGAUAAAUAUUUGUGCGCCCGUGAUCGAAGAUGUCAAGGACGUGGUGGGGGUCGACCGCUCACGGUGGAGGAAUGUUAGCGCCUACUACGAGAGGGAGGGUAAAGUCUACUCCAUUGGGCAACAAUCCUCUGACCCCUUCUUUCGCGGCCGCAAGCUGGUCAUGAACUAUACCAAUGGCUCGCCGUGUGCCGGCGACUACAUCGGCAAUGCUGCCCGCACCAAAUCCACCAUCAUGUCGUUCCUGUGUGAACGUGACACCCCCGCCUCCCAGGCAACCGUCUCGUUUGUCGGCACGAUGGAUCAGUGCUCGUAUUUCUUUGAAGUGCGAAGCUCCGCCGCGUGUGGAGCCACGGCGCCCACUCCCGACAACCCGGGCCUGUCACCUGGCGGCGUGUUUGGCGUGAUUGCCUUGAUCGCCAUCACGGUGUACCUGGUCGGUGGUUGCGCCUACCAACGGACCGUCAUGCACCAGCGCGGUUGGAGACAAUGCCCAAACUUCAGUCUGUGGGCGGGGAUGCUCGACUUUAUCAAAGACAUGGUCGUCAUCCUCCUCUCCUCCCUAGGCCGUCUGCUGCGUCUGAAGCGCUCCCCAACCCUGGGCCAUAGCCGCGGGGGCAGCGUCAACCAACGCGGGAGCUUUGGGCGUCGCGACGUCGACGCCGAGAAUCGACUCAUAGACCAGUUAGAUGAGGAGUGGGAGGACUGAUGCGUUUCUGAGAACAGUAUGAUGGGCAAAUGUAUUGUAUUGUACAAUUACUGGACGUUACAGAUGUUGAUUAAGCGCGUGAUAUGAAAUGCAUGAUAUACGUUAUGUUUUA